AUGACGAACAACAAGGGUAUCGGUGUUGACAGGGUCGAAGCAUUGCAGGAAACCCGAGAUAGAGCCAAUGACUCAAUCGAAUCAGCCAACUGUUUCCUCGAGGGUAAGCUCUACCAGACCUUGGAAGAACAAGAGACUGUGCAGGGGCCCGUUCAAUAUUCCAAACGCCCAUACGCCAUAGUAACUUGGAAGGAUGUACUUUCUGAAGCAACAACCUCAGGUCAGUUCGAGCGCCAGGGAAAUGGUAUAUACUGGUGUCGUGUUAAGGGGAGUGUGGUUGAGAUGUCUACGGAGGAUUACCAUUUCAUCGCAUUGGGCUACCCGCAACGCAUGAUGCAGCCUUCAUACUUGUCUUGGGCACAGAAAGAAAAAGGUACUGCUGGGGCAGUGAUAAAACAAGAAGUCCGCGCUGCCAAUGCAGCCAUAGAAACGAUCAACAGCGCCGCGCCCGACCCAACCAGAAGCUCAAUUGCAUCAGAUAUCUUACAUCGAUCGGAGAAAAGCACCAUGAUGACAUACCAGGCUGAGAUAUCCCGGCUGCGCGCUAAUCGGAGAGGGUCUGGUUUCCAGUCUCGGCGCAAUCAGGGUUUCUUGGCUUGA